GAGUAUUGCAAGUGUAUGACAGGAUCCAUAGCAUCGAACAGUUCAUGGGCUUAUUGUUAUUCUUUGUUCGCAUUGUAUGUUACUUUAUUUGUUAAUUUCACUUUAUCAUGCUGCUUUUUAUGGGUUACAUCAGUAUACAGACUGCAACAGGAAACAGCACGGAGAAAAGGGAAAUUCAAAGACAUCUUUUCAGGAGAAUUUCGAGGAUGCCGCCCUGGGAAGACAGUGCAAAUGUCAGAGUCGGAGGUGAGAGGGCUCUGCACAAAGUCCCGGGAGAUAUUCCUACAGCAGCCCAUAUUACUGGAAUUAGAGGCCCCACUGAAAAUUUGUGGUGAUAUACACGGCCAGUACACAGAUUUGUUGCGUUUAUUUGAAUAUGGCGGGUUUCCGCCAGAAGCCAAUUAUCUAUUUUUGGGCGAUUACGUGGAUCGUGGCAAGCAGUCUCUCGAAACCAUAUGCCUUUUGCUUGCUUACAAAAUCAAGUAUCCAGAAAACUUCUUUCUGUUACGAGGCAAUCACGAGUGCGCCAGUAUAAAUCGUAUAUAUGGAUUUUACGACGAAUGCAAACGCCGAUACAACAUAAAGCUAUGGAAAACAUUCACGGACUGCUUCAACUGCCUGCCGAUCGCCGCCAUCAUCGACGAGAAGAUAUUCUGCUGCCACGGAGGCCUGUCGCCCGACCUGCAGGGUAUGGAGCAGAUCAGACGGAUAAUGAGACCCACUGAUGUCCCUGACACAGGCUUACUUUGCGAUCUGCUGUGGUCGGAUCCAGACAAGGACGUGCAAGGAUGGGGCGAGAACGACCGCGGGGUGUCAUUCACGUUUGGGCCAGAUGUCGUCAGCAAAUUUCUCAACCGACACGAUUUGGACUUGAUCUGCAGAGCUCAUCAGGUUGUAGAAGACGGUUACGAGUUCUUUGCGAAGCGGCAGCUGGUGACGCUGUUCUCUGCGCCCAACUACUGCGGCGAGUUCGACAACGCCGGGGGCAUGAUGUCCGUGGACGAGACACUCAUGUGCUCAUUUCAGAUAUUAAAGCCCUCCGAGAAGAAGGCGAAGUACCAGUACAACGGCAUCAACAGCGGCAGACCGGCCACGCCUCAGAGAUCGCCUCCCAAAAAGAAAUAACUGACAUUUGGGAUCCAGUGUGCUGCACAGUGAGACGGAUGCUACAAAUAAUUUAGUUAUAUCGAGUACAAUUGUAAUUACUACAUUUCAUGUUGUCAUCGGACAGAGCCGAAUAAGAUGCUGUGUAUUGUUAAAAUUUAAUUAUUUAUUGAUUAUUAUUAUUAUCGCUUGUGCCUUCUUAUUUUUAAUUUUACUUGAGUGAUAUUAAUUUAUUGAGUUUAGUUUACAGAGGUUUUGUGAGGGUAGUUGGUCAUUUUUAUUCGGCGAUGUCUCGUGACUGGCUUCUUUCGGUCCCUGGCGAUGCAGCCCAACAUCGGAUGAUCUAUGUUAUGUUGACCUAUUGAUAUUAUAGACAAAUUGUUUCGUUAAUAUUGAUGUUUGAAGAUGGCUAGCGAUCUUAAAGAUGCGGGCAUUGGACGAGAGCGUCUUAUACAUUGAAAUUUGUUUUUUAAGUUGUAGUGUAUCAACACCAACGCUUUGUUUAUUCUAUAACUAAUGUGCCUAUAAAUGUAAAUUAUUAUAUAGGUCUCGAUUUAGGUGACGAAAAAAUUGGUUGACUCGAAAUUAUAGGUAAUGUAAAGUAAUUUUGUCUCAGGAGAAAUGUUAAGAGUUUUCAAAAAACUAAAUCUUCAUGAGGAUUCUCCAUUUUUUGAGUCUUCAUAUAUCAGCUUUAUUUAUUUAGGUCGCUGUCGGAGAUGGCCUAAGAGAGGAUAACAUUUUGCAGUGGUAGCUAACAAGUUGAUUUACAUUUUUUAGGACUCCAUUGCAAUUUCCGGUAAGCCAAGGGAAGCGAUGUCCCAGUGAAAUUAAUAUUAUUUUGCACACAGUAUUACUUAAUGGUUAAGUAGAUGUUUCAAAAUUAUUUGGCAGAUUGGCACAAUCUCCCACUGAGGCUUUAACUUCACAAAUUUAUUAUUAGUAUUAUGCCUCAAAAUGAAUUGAUUACUAAUGGUGGUAGACGCAGUGUAGUCCUCGCAACAAUAGUGCAAUUGCUAUAUUAUAUUGUAUGAAAUAUUAAAAAUUAUAUGCAGGUUUUGCAUUGUACAAUUUUAUUUUUUAGCUAUAUUAACAAUAUCAGAUAAUAUUCAUUAAUAAAUAUUACUAUUUAAAGUAAGAAGUUUAUUUUUUUUUUGUUUCUUUUUCUCUGAGUAUAUUCAUUGUAUUUGACUUUUAAUACAUAUAAAAGUAAUUGUUUUUUUUUUGUUAAAAUAUUAAUCCAUUAAUAUUCUA